GCCCCUGGAGGAGAAGUAGAGGAAAAACCACCGAAACGAGCACUGUCAGUGGCGCUUUUCGCUUCCAAGGGGGAAGUGCUGGGAAAUAAUUAAUGUUUUUAUUAAAUUUGGAGGGACUUUUUGUGUGUGUGCGCGCAGCCGAUCGUCUUGCGGUACCUUCAGGUUGGUUGGAAGCAACAUCUGGAGGAAAUCUUUUAAGUCCAAUGUCCAGAAAAUAAUACAAAUAAAAAUACUCGGCUAAAGUCUGCAAAAUGGAUGGAUUUUAUGACCAGCAAGUGCCUUACAUGGUCACCAAUAAUCCCUGUGGGAGAAACUGUAAUGAGCGACCAACAAAUGUCAGGAAAAGAAAAUUCAUUAACAGAGAUCUGGCUCAUGACUCAGAAGAACUGUUUCAAGAUCUGAGCCAAUUACAGGAGACAUGGCUUGCAGAAGCUCAGGUACCUGACAAUGAUGAACAGUUUGUGCCAGACUACCAGGCUGAGAGUUUGGCUUUUCAUGGUCUCCCAGUGAAAAUCAAGAAAGAACCUCACAGUCCAUGUUCUGAACUCAGCUCUGCUUGUAGUCAAGAGCAACCAUUCAAAUUCAGUUAUGGGGAAAAGUGCCUGUACAAUGUCAGUGCCUAUGAUCAGAAGCCACAAGUGGGAAUGAGGCCCUCCAACCCACCAACACCAUCAAGCACUCCAGUUUCGCCAUUGCAUCAUGCAUCCCCAAACUCGGCUCAGAAUCCUAAACCUGACCGGGUUUUUCCUGCUCAUCUGCCUCCAUCCCAGCCCAUCCCAGAUAACAGCUUCUCUAUGGACCACAGAUUUCGCCGUCAGCUCUCGGAACCUUGCAAUUCAUUCCCUCCUUUGCCUGCAAUGCCAAGAGAAGGACGUCCAAUAUACCAACGACAGAUGUCUGAGCCAAACAUCCCUUUCCCGCCUCAGGGGUUUAAACAGGAGUACCAUGAUCCAGUGUAUGAACACAGUGCUAUGGUCGGCAGUUCUGGCAAUCAAAACUUUCCCCCUCCUCUGAUGAUUAAACAGGAACCUAGGGAUUUUGCAUAUGAUUCAGAAGUGCCUAGCUGCCAUUCCAUUUACAUGAGGCAAGAAGGCUUCCUGGCUCACCAAAACAGAACAGAAGGCUGUAUGUAUGAAAAGGGACCAAGACAGUUUUAUGAUGACACCUGUGUCGUUCCAGAGAAGUUUGAUGGUGAUAUCAAACAGGAGCCAGGAAUCUACCGUGAGGGGCCCACCUACCAGCGGCGGGGCUCCCUUCAACUGUGGCAGUUCUUGGUAGCCCUUCUUGAUGAUCCAUCAAACUCUCACUUCAUUGCAUGGACUGGUCGAGGCAUGGAAUUCAAGCUCAUUGAACCAGAAGAGGUGGCACGUCGCUGGGGGAUUCAGAAAAACAGGCCAGCCAUGAACUACGAUAAACUUAGCCGGUCACUUCGCUAUUAUUAUGAGAAAGGAAUCAUGCAAAAGGUCGCUGGAGAGAGAUACGUCUACAAGUUUGUUUGUGAUCCUGAAGCCCUUUUCUCCAUGGCUUUUCCGGACAACCAGCGCCCCUUGCUGAAGACUGACAUGGAGCGUCAUAUCAAUGAGGAGGACACGGUGCCCCUCUCCCACUUUGAUGAGAGCAUGGUCUACAUGCAAGAAGGAGGCUGCUGCAACACCCAUCCUUAUAAUGAAGGCUAUGUGUAUUAACUGCAGUGACACUGAGGAAGCCCUCUCUCUCCCUCUUUUCCUCUGAGCUUCUCCUCUUUCAUGAGACCAGGAGGAAAGCUGAAUCCCCUUCCGUUGGUUUUGUAAAAAAAUAAAUAAAAUUUUAAAAAAUAAUAAAAUAGUACUAUAACGGGGCUUCUCCUGUUGCAUUACUCCUAUGGUCUGCCAUGGACAGUGCACUUUAUUUGGAAGGGGAAGAUUGAAAUCUAAUGAUUUAUUCUGUGUAACAGGAAGAAAAGGGUGGAUCUUUCCCCCCACUCAAGAUUGGGAAGGGAACAUACAGGUUUUAAGUACAAUGACGCUGUAUCAUGUCUGUUUUUGUUUCAUAUUGGCUUAAAGAUAUUGUACACAUUAUCUGGAUAUCCAUAGUACAGUUAAUUCUAGAUCUGAUAACCAUUUGUAUACCAUCUUUGGGAAUUUUCUGCCAUGGACACUUUUUUUGACCACAUUUAACCUGCUUUCUGAGUUUUAGAAAGACAACCAGUGAUAUAAGUUGCCGGAUCUGAUAGAAGCUAGGAGUAGCACUGCACCUUUCAGGUCUUGUUUUAUUUUGUUUUUGAAGGCCAAGUUUUAUUUUUUAUUUUGCACUCAGUCAUUGUUUCGAUUUCUGCAUAUCUCUUUGCUACCCUGUGUCCUUUAAUGGACCAUUACGGAAGGCAUUCACUGUUGACUGAAGAACACAGUUCCUAACUUGAAACUGCAAAUUGCAGGGUUAUAGCUUAGCUUCUUAUGUCUGGUGCCAUCUUGCUAUGCAAGUACAGCACAUCUGAUCUUCCUUAGACCUUUCAAGAUCCGUCUGAGUAUAAUAAUUACAUGUGCUGAACCAUUCUGGAUAUCAUCUCAACAUUAAAUACAGGAUUGUGAUCACGGAGAAGAAGAUAUAUUGCAUCCUUUCAUUUUCUUUGAUACAUAAAUAAAUUAUUUAAUCAAUAGGAAUUAACUGUACUAAGUCACAUAUCUCAUUAUGCUGUUUAGACCACAGCAGGCACUCCUUGAGCAAAAUAUCCAAUACACUAAAUAGGUACUUUAGUAAUUUUUAGACAUGGUACCCAUUAAUAUGCAUUUAAAACUUUUACUGCUGUGUUAUGUUGAUAACAUAUAUACAUACUAGAUAAUGCUAAUGCUUCUGCUGCUGUCUUUUUUUCUGUAAUAUUCUCUUUGCUGAAUUUACUAUGCCCAUUUAUAAGCAAUGCUGUAACUACAGGUAGCAUUUCAGGACAAAAUAGAUGACUUGAACCAUUUAUUGCUUAGAAAAAAUAGCUUGUGUCACAGCUGUGCUAUAAGCAGCUUUUACGUGCAUUGAGAAAUGAAUAGUAAGCUUCAGCUUGCUAAGAGGAACUCUGCAGAACCUUUUAUAACUUUCAGUGAGGCAGAGAUGUAUACAAACCGUCAAAGAGUACAAUGAAUUUGCUAUAUGAUGUUGUAGUGCUGGCACUGAUGCUAUCAAUCAACUUUGUUUUGGACACUAAAUGUAAAUGUGAUCAGAUAUGUUUGGAAGACAAUUUAAAGGGGUUUUAUUUUUUUUUUAAUCAUUUUUAUUUUUUAAUUUUGAGAAGGGUAAUGUGAAAACAAGACACACACCUUAUUCUACAUAUAAAAUUAAGAGAGAGAAAACAUUUUAAAUAUUUAUGAACACCUUUUCUGAAACAUUGGUUUCCUAGUUUGAAAAGGAUGGAAAUGAGGUUUGAGCUGUCCAGUGAAUGUUUUGUUUUUUAAAAAGUGACUUCAUAACAGUUUUUCCUAUUUCUUUCCCGAUGCUAACAACUCUGGAAAGAGGAGGGUGGGAACAGAGUCCAUAAUCAUUAGUCGCAGAAAUAAUGUUUCAUUGUAAAUGACAUGAUAUCAAAGAUGCCUUGAGGUGGUGAUUUACUUUGCACUCAGUGUCAGUCAGGAAACCAGUAGAGCUAUAAAUGAUUUAUUAUGCAAUUCAUUUCAAAUUAACGAAUGUUAGCCACUACAGAGCACACUAGGUAUACAUCUGCUGCACCUAGAAACACAAGACAACUGCAUAGGUGCAUGUCUCUAAAUCCAGGACAUCCUAGUCAUAGAGAAGCCCCAGUGGAAAGCCCUUCAUUUUAUUCCCACCACUAAUCAAUUACACCUAAUAUUCAUUCACCCCGAUUCCAUUCAUUUACUCAGAAGUAAGGCCCACUGAGUUCAAUGAUACUUUCUCCCAAGUAAAUUUGUAUAGUACUGAAGCCUAAUUGGCUAAUAAAAUAAAAACAGCAUUUGUGGAGGCCAAUGGUUUUCAAACUUGGAUCCAAGGAACCUUGGGGCUGCUAAGAAACUGGUCACUCAAAGAGGUCUUAGUUGAUUAAAUUUGCAUAUGGAUAAAAAUGCUGAAGUAAGAAGCAUACUUUGUUUUCAGAUGAUGCACAUGUGAUACAGCAGGCAUCAUCUUAGAAGAGGUAUUCCCACUUGUGCGUCAGAGAGAAGGGAAUGCAUCUGUUGAAAUGUUGCUUGACAUCUGCAGUUUUUAUAAGUGAUUUAAUUGCCUAAUUAAUUUAGGCCACUUCUCAGUCUCCUAAAGGUUGUUUUUAACUUAUUAGUUGAAUAGAGGUUAGAAGCUUAUCAAGGUUCCUCAGUGAGAAAUCACUAAUAGCCAAUGGACUUUCCUAGAGACCACUUGCCUCUGGUGAUUGGCUUCCAGUUCUCAGGCACAAGUGUUCUUCUUUUCACAUGGGCCUGGCCAAAGCUUCUUUGUGAACAGUUGCCCCUGAGAACAUACCUUGGAACCCUGUGUACAACAUACAGAGGUUCUCUGAUGCAUAAGUAAAUGUGGAAAGUGUUCUCUGAAGGUAGAAAAAUUGAAAACUGCUGGUUAUAGACAAAAAAUGAAAAGCAUGGGGAAAAUCCAGAUUCAAAUAACUGUACUUUCCCUUGAAACAGAGCCCUAAUGUGUGUGAUCCACUUUAAUGAAAAGUUGCUUUUGGUUCAUUAGUAUCAGUGUGGAGCAUUUCUUGUUGGGAACAGGUGUAUAUUAGGUGAAUGGGGUGAGAGGGCUUUUUAAAAAGCCUAAAAUUGAUUCAAAUGUCUAAUAUUUUUAAAAAAAUUAUAUAUACUGUAUAAGGUAGUGAUUCACUGUACAAAAUAAACAAUUCACUUACCAUUGAAUGAAAUCCCAGGAAAAAAGUGAUACAAGAAGUUUGUUUUAUGGAAUUUGAUUAACCCUUUUGAGACUGUACCUUAAGAGUUUUAUUUUAAGUUCUGUUUUUAUUCCACAUUUUUCCAGGUAGAUUAAUAAAUCUGGCAGCUGAUUUCUGAAA